AGGAGGACCGUUUUUGCCUUCAAAGCUGUAGGAAAUAUUGGCUUCUUAAAUUGAACGAACGCAGGUAUGAGUCAUUUACUUUGCUCUGCUCGCAUAGUUAAGGCUUAUUGAUGGGCCAUUUGUUGUAGUUUUUGAAGGCAGAAUUGAGAUAUCGUGGCCAAUAAUGUUGCUGUCGCGUCGAAACAUACGAUUGGGGUUUUUCGUAAUCGUAAACCACUCUGUGGGCUAAAGCGAAAGAGCUUUAGAAUUUACGGGGAACAUUCGAAGGCACCACAAGGCGAGCUGGCCGUCAGCAGCCAUGAAGCGGUGGACGUGGGCAGGCCCUGCGCUCCGUCAGCUGGUGCGUUCACCCGCAACACGAGAGACCUUCCGGCCGCGUUCCGGCUCAUUCUAGAGGAUUUCCAGCCGACAUCGGACCGCACUCGAACACUUUAAACCCGCAGGACUAAGAGGACCAGACGUGAUCCUCUAUAUUGUCCUCCCGUGUCCAGCAGGGAGCAGGACGCCGAGAGAUGGAGGAGUUCGCGAGCCGUGCUCUGGGCCGGGUGACAUUGUACUCCAUCCAGGGCUGCCCGCACUGUGUGCAGGCAAAAGCCACCCUAGGGCGUUUGGAAGUGCCGGUGCGUGACGUGGACAUGGGUCGUCAUCCGGAGCUGAGAGCCGCCGUGAAGGAGCUAACGGGACGCAGCACGGUCCCUCAGAUCUUCUUCAACAACGUCCACGUCGGGGGCAAUGACGACCUGCAGAAAUUGGCUCCUGAGGAGCUUCAGAGGUUGGUGAGUCUGGUCAAGGAGCAGCCUCUUCCAGCAGACGCUCCGCCUCUACCAGAGGAGAACCAGUCAGAGGAUGUAGCCGGAGAGACGGAUGGAGAGUUUGUGUGUGAGAGAGAUGAGUUGGCCAACCUGGUAGAAGACCUCAAACAUGGCGAUGUGAUUGGGAGUCAGAGGAAGGGGCUGUCUGUGCACAAAAAGAGCUUCUCAGGCACUCAGCUGGUUGACUGGCUGCAGAGAGAGAAGGGCAUGGCCAGGGCCAAGGCCUGUUCCACUGGACAGGCGCUGUUGCAGAAGAAGUACAUGGUCAGUGUGCAGCGAGGCUCUGGGCAGCAGGGCGGCGGGUUUGGAGGAGGGGAGAACACCAUGGACACGCUGUACAGGCUGCUGGAGGACGACCCUCAUUCAGCCCUCAACGCAGGGCAGACCGCAGGCUGCACUGUCCCACUGGCUGCUGAGCUCUCUUUGCUUUUGCGGGAGUUAACUCUGAAACUGUUCACAGAGCAUCUCUCCGCCGAUGGCAAGUCUGUGGACUACAAGGGCAUGUCGGCGAACCCCGCGUUCGAGCGUUACUGUGAGCUGUCCAUUCAGCUGCAGAGGGUGGAGCUGCUCUCGCUGAGCCGGGAGGAGAAGCUGGCCUUCUUCAUCAACAUCUACAACGCCCUGGUCAUCCACGGGUCCCUGCGCCUGGGGGCCCCCACCAACCUGUGGCAAAGAUACAGAUUCUUCAACUAUGUGAGCUACCUGAUUGGAGGGGAAGUGUUCACCUUGCAGGACAUUGAGAACGGCGUUCUGAGAGGGAACAGAAAGGGUCUCGCACAGUUCCGAAGGCCCUUCUCCCAGACAGACCCGCGGCUACAAGUGGCUCUCCCGCACGCCGAGCCCCUCAUUCACUUUGCCUUGAACUGUGGCGCAAAGGGCUGCCCGCCCAUCAAAACGUACACCCCACAGGACAUCGACAGCCAGCUCCGCACCGCGGCCGAAGCCUUCCUGGAGAAUGACGACGGCUGUGUGGUGGAUUCUGGGAAAAAAGAAGUGCGACUCAGUCAGAUAUUCAAGUGGUACAAGGCCGACUUUGGAGGCACGGAUGAGAAUCUGCUGAAGUGGGUGCUGGAGCACAUGGGUGACUCGCCAAAGAAGACCAGCCUGCAGGGCGUCCUGUCUGAGGGGAAGACCAAGGUCACCUUCCUCCCAUAUGACUGGAGCUCCAACGGCACCCGCUGAGCAUCAACACAAACACACACAUACAUACACACGCAGCUAAACACUUUUUGCAUCCGUCUACUUUCUGCAUCUAAUUUAACCUCAUUGAACCUUUUUUUUAUGCGAAACAAACUGUUAAUCCAAAGGGCCGUGUUUGCACAGUACUCAUCGGCUUAUUCGAACUUGACUUUCAUGAUUCACUGGUUUCGGGUAAUGCCCAAAACAAAAGAUAUGCACAGACAUUUUCUACCGCGGCGGCACUUUUAAUAUGAUGAAAAUGCACCUGUGUUGAAAAUGUUUUCAAACUUUUGCAUCUUGUGUAAAAUGACAACAUUACAUAUCACAAAUAAUUUAUGAUUAUGAAUGCUGCAAUCUGUAUUAUUAUUAUAACAACAAAUUCAACCAUCACUAUGGUUUUCAAACUCUCCGAUCCUAAAUCUUUUUUACGCCACAUCAGAAACUCAGGACCAACAGAUGAUGCAACCUUCUCAGUCCAACACGACCCAUUUUUUUUGCGGGCUGCUUAUGUGGAGCACAUGGAGCUGAUAACUGCUGAUCCAAACACACUGCCUCGACAAGCCAUAUCGAAGCCUGAUGAACUUACAAACCCACUCACUCGAGUGUAGUGGUCUGCAGAUCAUCCACAGAGCUGCUCCAUGUUUUCAGCAGUGUUUUUCAGUAGCUGUGAGUUGGGGAUCUGUGUCCUCUGGAAUCUCCCCCGCUGCUAACAGCUCCACAGACAGAUGCAGUGCUCAGACUUGUGCAUGUCUUGGUUUUGUGUUUCUCCCUCUCUUCACUCGCUCUUUUCGAUCCAGGUCUUCCAUUUGAAAAUCGCGAAAGUGCAAAGACUAUGUUUUCAACGCAGUCAUCUAGUAAGAAAUCUGAUGAUAUUGUGAAUAAUGAAAACUUUGGGAUGCACUCUUAACUCAAAAUGUUUAUCGCAAACUCUGAAAUGCUGUUGAAAUAUAUUUUUUACUUUUUCACAUAGAAAAAUGUUCACCGUUGAAAUAAUGUUCCGUGUUUAUUCAAAUAUUUGUCUCGAAAACAUAUUUAUCAUUGCCCAAAUCAGCACUCAUGAAUACAAUGAAACGUAGCAGAUAAGACUUGAUUAAUUUUGUAGGUUGCCAUCGUGUUGAGUUUCCACCUCAACAUUGAAAUGUAAUUGUAUCGCUUUUCCAUUUUACCUGGCCUUAAAACAUUUCUAAGAUUCAUUUUUAACAUGAUGCAUCUUGACGUAUUUUUGGUGCGAUGUCCAACACUCUCAGUAAUUUAAAGAUGAAUGGUUAUGAGGAGGGUGUGACUUUCCAUUAUUACAGACUUUAUCCCAGGUCAAAGGAAAACGUGCGUGGAAACGAAAUUCAAGUUGGUCGAUGACAUCAACGUACUGUACGCUGCAUGUUGUUAAUACUCGUUAGUUUCAUCUCAUUCUCUGUCGUCUGGAUUUGUUUGCCUAUAGAUUGUGUCGUGUUAAAAUCGCGCUCAUUAUUUUAAGUAUUGGUUUCUGUCUUUAAGCUUAAAAAUGGCAACAAAGCAAAUGGUUUAAUGAGCAUGUUACAACUGGAAGGCAUUUGCUGCAUGAAAUAGCUCUGCCUCUGUCAAAACAGAUUUUUUCUUUUUCACACUGCCAGUGACACUGCACCCACAUCUUGAUUUCACUCAAUUGCAUUUCCGAGUGACUUUGGUCAUUGUGGACUAAAGUGAACAGAACAAAAGGCUGGUACUUCUGUAUGUUAUCUACAUUAUAACUCAUCACUGUAUUUAUUUUUCUAAUUACAUCAUGUAGCAGGAGAUUGUGAUGCAAAAAUAUCUUUAAAAAGCAAUUCUAAUAUAAUCAAUUCUAUUUUCCUCUCUCCAGGAGUUUAUUGAAGCAAUAUGUUCACGGUUAGUAAAUAUGCAAUGCUGAACUAUAAAUAAAGUCUAAACUGAG